GUCAGAAACCUUUUUCGAUAGAUGUGACGGAUAGUAGACAAUCCGGGAAGGUGCCAACUCUGCCCGGAUCGCUGCCCGAUUGAAGCUGCCGUCUUUUCCAUACCACGACGACCACCACUGUGAGCAGAAUCCUAGAAAAAUCCUGACAAUUACAAGCGUUCAAAACUCUUCCUACAGCAAGGCGACGGAGAUAUCGAGACGUGGAGGGCUUAGCGUGGGUUUGAGUUGGGGAGCCGUAUAUCAAUCAUGAACUCCUCCUUGAGCCUCGUGUAUCUCCCGCCUCACCUUGAACGUUCUCAGCCAUUUCCUCGAGUUGGGCCACAAGCAUCCACCCAGGAUAUGCCCCAAGAUAUGUCCUGGACGUCUUACAAUUCUUACACCCGUACCGUUCCAAGCAACUCGCCUGAGGAGCAACCACUCUAUCCGAGCAUGAAUCGCAUACCAGGUCCAUACUCCCUGCCAUGGAUGGCGUCCACUGAUUACAUGGGACGCACUCAGCCGCAAUCGCAGUGUUCCUUUCAGUCGGAUGCACCGCAGUUCGCUCACAAUGGUUUGGACUCAAGUGGCACACCUCUUACGCGUAGGCGAGCGCGCGAAGAGGACAGCGCCGCUUUGAGUGGCUCACCUGCAACAUAUGGUAACACCGACUCAAGUCAGGUCGAUGGCCAUCUUAACUACCCAUCCAAUCCUGCCCCUGCUGACUCUCCUCAAGAGAUGGCUCACGCGUCAAAUGGCGCGGAGUCUGCAGCAUUGCACACCAAUUCUCACGCAACGCGUGAAGAGCUGACUCUGUUGCCCGCGCCGCCGCAUCCUCAACUUUCUCCAUAUUCGUUUUCCCCUACGCACGCACGAGCCGCUUCAGACUCCAGCACCAGUACAACCACCAGCGCCAGCUCAGGCUCGAGCUCGCAUCCGCCGCGUUCGGCCUCACCUGCGACCAGUGUCGUUUCAGCCCACACGGUCUCGUCGACUGUUUCUGCCUCGAGGGGGAGGAACGAUGUGUCAUCGGAAACGUCGCCCGCCACUGUACGAAAGCAUAAGAAACAACGUUUGUACAACGUGGAUCGGAAAAGGAUAUGCGAGUAUUACGCCAAGAAUCCAGCUGCCAAACAGGAGGACAUUGCUCGCCAGUUCAAGGUUGAGCGUAGCACGAUCAGCAAGAUCCUAAAGCACAAAGAGAAAUGGUUGCACGUACCGACGGACACUCCAAUUCUCAUCGCUCGCGAUAAGCCAACAAAGUUUCCGAUGCUCGAUCGUUUUAUGAAAGACUGGUUACGGGAAUGCACACACAACAAAAUUAUCCUGACCGACGCCAUGAUCCGUCAAAAGGCCUUGGAAUUCGCUGAUCAAUGGGGAUGGUCGAAAGACAAGUUCAAGGCUAGUUCAGGCUGGGUCGAGAACUUCAAACAUCGCUGGGGGAUUCGCAAAGGCAUGUGGUUGAACUAUACGGCGAGCAACGCGGAGCCAAACCUGUCUGAGCGGGACCGUGCCAAUGGCGUUGGCUACACCCACGCACUUCGGGACAAUCAGGAUGGCGUAGAUGACAAUGAAGAAUACGUUCAACCUGAUGUCGGAUUACCGCUCGAUACCCCGGAGGGUCCAGGCGGCGAUGGAUAUGCUGGUUCUGACCAUGAGGGUGAUGCGGCCAACGGGAUGGGUUUGGGUGCAGGAUGGGCAGCAUCUGGGUCUCAAAUGCCCGUUGUACGCUCCAUGGGUGACCCGGUUGAUAUUCAGAACGACCUUCGUCUUCCAGAGCAAGACCUGCGUUACUCUCGUCCUGUUCCUGGCUCCGUUUAUCUCGAUUCCUCACGCAAUCGCGACAUGUCUUUUGCUCUGGAUCGUUCUAUGCGCCCUCCCCUCUAUCCUCAUGCAGUCGAGUCGGUCUUGGCUGUUCGUGGAGCUUGCGAAGGCUUGAAGAAGGUUCUGAACUUCAUAAACACGAAUGAUGGUCACGGCCUACUGUCCCCUGAUCAGCAGGCAUUGCUCUGGGACGUUGACAAUGCCCUAAAGAAGGCACAGCAAGACAUGGAGCAACGACAGCCUCAGCGUUCUCAGUUUUCGUACCCGUAAUCGAGUUCGUCCAAUGCGCCCAGACAAGAGUGCCGCUGUGCACCUAUGCUGAGUUUCCGGUUAUGCGCAAGACCCGCUGUAUUUCCCUCUUCAUGCCUUCAGAAUUUGCGAAGCGCAACUCAUGUUUGGUAAGACAAUCCGUCUCAAAGGCGCCCGCUUCUUUUUCUAUGCACAUUUUUUCAUUCAUUGCCCUCUUUGCUCGCUCGGGAUUCAUCGCCCAGUUUUGGCCUCACUUGCAUCGUGCAUGAACUUUCAUCAUCAUCUUUUCCAUUUUGUGCAAACAGUUCUCAUUAUGCAUCUAUUGUGCCAUACCACAGCCUCACUCAAUACCUUCCACGCACUCAUUCAUCCACUCAUCUGCCAAUUUCAUCCCCACGCAUGCAAUCGCCUUGGUGUAUAUUCAUAGCUGUAGUGUGUAUCUUCAUUCUGUACCCACACCAAAAAGUUUGCGAUAUGUCUGUACAUCCAUAAUUAUUCCCCAAUCACCCUGCCACUCCUUCACCCAUGGACCUGCUUCCUCGAUCUGUAGCAACCGCUUGUUGACGACCUCUAACGAUCUCCUUGUAGUACUCUUGUAUUUAGCAAUGCAGCAGCAUCGAUCCAUGUAGCAGUCUCCACC